AUAUUGUGGGUAGUUGUAAUGGGCUUUUGUGUUUUUCAGACGACUAUCGUAUUGGGGGUUUCAGGGACCUUUUCUAUCUUUGGAAUCCAUCCAUUAGAAAGUCUUUUCAACUCCCCCAACCAAUUUUUACACUUGAGACACGUGGUCCCCGUGGGUUUGAUCACACACAUGGGUUUGGAUUUGAUCGUGUUACUAAUGACUAUAAGGUGGUAAGGAUAGUACCCACUAAGGAGGUACCACCUCAUGUUGAGCUUUAUAAGCUAAGCACCGGUGUUUGGCAAGACAUUACUCAUGUUUCUCCCCAUCGGGAGUUUCUUGUACGGAUGCCAGGGGUUUAUGUGAAUGGGGCUUGCCAUUGGGUUGCUUCUGGACGUCAAAAUAUGAUUGUUCUGUUUGAUGUGCAUAAGGAGAAGUUCUCGGCUAUAAUGGCACCGGCUAGUAUAGUUAACAAGUCUUUUGGUUCUUUUGGUGGAGGCUGCCUGAUCCUUUUUGUGUCAGAUGAGUCACUUUGUUUGGUGGAUCGUCUCCAUGGAGGUGACGGAAUAAUUGAUAUUUGGUUGAUGAAAGAGUAUGGUGAAGCAGAAUCAUGGAUGAAACAGUUCAGGAUCAAGUUAAGCCACAUUACAUACCCCGUUGAUGUUGUUGAUGUUUUUUUCUCUCCGCUUAGUUUCUUGGAGAGGCCAAUUGCGUCAAGGAAAAAUGGUGAAAGUUUGUGGAGAGCGGACGAAGGACUCUUAGUUUCAUAUGAUCCUGCAACUGAAAAAAUUAAGAAUCUUGGCAUUCAUAAUGCUCAUACAUUUUUUUCCUAUGCAUUUCAUGUACAUACUUACAAAGUGAGCCUUAUGUUACUUGGUAAGCGGACAGAUUAUUUUGCUGGUGACACUUGCAAAGAUUCAUCCAAUUUAUGCAUGAGGGAGGCUAAAGGUGGGAGAGAGAAGUUCUUAAAGGCAGACGCUAAAAGAGGACUGCAGAUUGUACAUGUUAAAAAUGAAAGCAACGAAGCUGCGCAUGAUAAAACGGAAGAACAGGUUGACACUGGGACCUCUAUUGGAAGGUCAAAAUUUCUUGAAGGUGUGGGGAUUACAUGGAAAUUUUCUAUACUCUUGGGCAACCCACCUCUUGCUAAUAUUGAAGCCCUUGUUUUGCAAGCUACACUAAGUUAA